GGUUGAGCCUUGCCAACCUGGAGAGCGUGUGUAUAUGCCGUGUAUUGUGAACACUCCGUUCUUCUACAUGUACCGCUGUUUCUUUAGGUACCUCGGUGUUUGCUUACCCUUCAACGAGUUUGAGUGUCGGUUUCUUAGAUUUAUAAACGUGACCCCUUGUCAAUUGCAUCCCAACAGUUGGGGGUUCUUGCUCGCCUUUCAGGUUUUGUGCUCAGCUUUGGGGAUGAAUGCCUCUUUGCCUGUCUUCCUUCAUUUCUACCAGCUUAAGCUGGGUGAGCCUCCUCUAGGUUGGGUGUCUUUGAGUGGGAGUAAGGCUGGAGGGGUAUUUCAACUUUACUCUUAAUCGUACAAAAACUUUAAAGAGGAGUUCUUCCGGAUCUGGCUAUAAACAAUGAUCCGAUGACCGAGGAGGUCUUCCAUUUUGGGGGGAGCCGAGGUUCCCCUUCUUCUGGCAACAAAGCCCAACGAAGUUUAACGGGCCGAGUUGUAUACGUUUGUCGGACUCGGACAGGGAUGACAUUGCCAACCUGGAGGAGUUGUCGUGGCCUUUGGAUAGCAAACUUGUGUUGUCGAUGGCGGGUUUGAAGAAUAAAGAAAGGGGGUUGGAGCAGUUGAUGGGGAAGAGUAAGUGGCGCGAGCUGAAGGCGAAGUCCAACAUCGAGGAGCUUGAGGUGCCCGAGCCUGGUGAGGAGGUCGCUCCUCUAGAGACUCGUCGCAAGAGGAAAAGGGGGCCCGACGAGGUCAGGGAGGCCUCGAAUCUUCCAGUUUUGGAGGAGGUGACGUCGAAGAUCACCGAUCCUCCUGGUACGAUUGAUCUGACCGUCAGUCCUCGGGCUGAGUCACCAUCGAGUGAGCCCGUGGUGGAGGCUAUUCCGCUAAGACAUGCGACUCUGACAUCAGCCUUGGUCGAGGUUAGCGAAGGAGGUCCGAGCUCUCCCGCCAUUCCAACAGCGGUUAGCUUCUCCUAG